CAUGGUUCAAUUACCCCCUACAAAUCAGGAAAUUACUAACUUUCACAACGUUUAACACUUUCCCAAAAAACAAAAAAAAAAAUUAAAAAAAAUAAAAUAUGUUACUUUAUCUAAUCCUGUAAUAGUUGCAAAACAAAACCCUAAAAGGGGUUCUUUGUAAUAACAAUUCCCCCCACUAGAAUUGAUCUCAGCCGUCAACUUCUAACAUCCCCACCCCCAUCUUCUCUUGAUCUCACAACACUCUUCAGCUCACUGUUCUUUUUCUGUAUGCUCUUUCUCACAACACUCUUCAGCUCACACUGCUUUCAUUGGUUUCAAUCCAAUGUGAAGAUGCUGCUGAAAAUGUUCUCUUUUAUUUAUAACCUCCCGAUUGAUGGAUGAUAAAGCUCUUGUUCUUGAUUGUUAUGUUUUGGUUGUUUCAUGCGGAAAAUGAAUUUCUUUGAAGUUUUGAUGAUCAAAGAUUGGAUUUUUAUGACUUAAAUGGGUGAUUUUUAGUGUUCGUGUGUAUAUAUCCAUAUGGGUUUUAGCCUUUAGGUGCUCUGGGGGUGAUUUCUUUUAUAUAUAUUAUUAUUGUAAUUUGUUAGGGUUUUUUUAGGGUUUGGGUAUUGGUUUUGUGGAAUGAUUGAUUGAGAUAGUUUGUGAAGAUGUUGUCUGAAAUGGGAAGGAGACAGAUGGUUGUUGGUGACGAGUAUGGAGAUGAAUUGGAGAAGGAAAUAGGGUUGUUGCUCCGCGAACAGCGGCGACAGGAGGCCGAUGAUGGCGAAAAGGAGCUGAAUUUGUAUAGGAGUGGGUCAGCUCCACCUACUGUUGAGGGUUCAUUGAGUGCUGUUGGUGGAUUGUUUAAUCACGGUGGCGGUGUCAGUGAUAGUGGUGCGUUUUCGGAGUUUGCCGGUGGUAAGAGUGGUAAUGGGUUUAUGUCUGAGGAAGAACUUAGGUCUGAUCCUGCUUAUUUAUCUUACUAUUACUCGAAUGUGAAUCUAAACCCUAGGUUGCCACCUCCUUUGCUUUCAAAAGAGGACUGGCGAUUUGCUCAGAGGCUCAAAGGAGAGAAUUCGGGAUUGGGGGGAAUUGGGGAUAGAAGAAAAGUGAAUAGCAAUGGUAGUGGAGGUGAAGGAAUAUCAUUAUUUUCAAAACCCCCGGGUUUUAAUUUGAAAAAAGCAGAGGGUGGGUGUGAAUCAGAAAAAGUUAGUAGUUCGGCAGAGUGGGGCGGUGAUGGAUUGAUUGGCUUGCCUGGGUUAGGACUAGGUGGGAAACAGAAGAGCUUUGCUGAAAUAUUUCAGGAUGAUUUGGGCCGUGCAACAUCUGUCUCCAGGCACCCCUCCCGCCCUGCCAGCCGUAAUGCAUUUGAUGAAAAUACCAUGACCUUGGCUUCUGCUGAAGCUGAGCUUGCUCAUUUACGAGGCGAAUUGGCAUCUGCAGAUGCUAUACAAGCUGGUGUAAAUGUUCAGAACUCAUCCUCUGCCCAAAAUGUUGGUCCUUCUGCAUCAUAUUCUUAUGCUGCUGCUUUGGGUGCUGCCUUGUCUCGGAGCACCACUCCUGAUCCCCAACUUGUCGCUAGGGCUCCUAGUCCUUGCCUUCCUCCUAUUGGUGGAGAGAGACUAGGUGCUUCAGAAAAGAAAAGCAUUAAUAGUCCAAAUUCAUUUAAUGGCAUCUCAUCUACCAUGAGUGAAUCUGCAGAUUUGGUAACUGCUUUGUCUGGUAUGAACCUAUCAAAUGGUUUAAUAGGUGAAGAAAACCAUUUGCCACCACAGAUGGAACGUGAAGUUGAUGAUCACAAAAAUUAUUUCUUCAGUCUUCAAGGUGGUCAGAAUAAUAUAAAGCAACAUUCACGCGUAAAGAAAUCUGAACAUGGGAAUUUGCAUAUACCUUCUGCUACACAGAUAGCAAAACUAUCAUACUCUGAUUCAAGCAGGAGUAAUGGGAUUCGGUCAGACCUUAGUAACUCUUCCUUGGUACCAGAAAGGCAAGUUGACCUGCGUAAAACUGUUGUUUCUCCCAAUAAUUCAUACCUAAAAGGAUCUUCUACUUCAACUAUAAACGGCGGAGGAGGCUUUUCUCCUCACUAUCAGCAUGCGGAUGGUGUGAAUUCAUCAUUUUCAGACUAUAGUUUAAAUGGGUAUUCAGUAGAUCCAGCAAUGCAAUCCACAAUGGCAAGUUAUCUUGGCACUUCCAAUUUUCCACCUUUGUAUGAAAAUGUUGCUCAAGCAUCAGCUAUGGGUAUCCAUGGAAUGGACUCUAUGGUGUUGGGGCGAGGCUUGCCUUCUGGACCAAAUCUAAAUGCUGUAGCAUCAGAGACACAGAAUCUUAGCAGAAUUGGAAACCAGAUGGCAGGGAGUGCUCUUCAGGCCCCUUUUGCAGAUCCAAUGUAUCUUCAGUAUUUGAGGACAGCUGAGUAUGCUGCGGCACAGUUUGGAGCUCUUAAUGAUCCCUCUGUGGAUAUGAAUUAUUUGGGGAAUUCAUACAUGGAUUUACUUCAGAAAGCUUAUCUGGGAACUUUGCUAUCACCUCAGAAAUCCCAGUACGGUGUUCCCUUGGGCACUCAAUCUAGUGUUUCUAAUAACCAUGGUUACUAUGGUACUCCUUCAUAUGGUGUUAGCUUGUCAUAUCCAGGAAGUCCCUUGGUGAGUCCUGUUAUCCCAAACCCUCCAGCUGGACCUGGUAGUCCUAUGAGGCAUGGUGAGCUCAAUAUGCGAUUUCCUUCUGGGAUGAGAAACUUGGCAGGAGGUGUCAUGGGAAUGGGAUCCUGGCAGUUGGAAGCCGGUUAUAACGUGGAUGAUAGUUUUGCACCCUCUUUGCUGGAAGAGUUUAAGAGCAAUAAAACCAAGUGUUUUGAACUUUCAGAAAUUGCAGGUCAUGUUGUUGAGUUCAGUGCGGAUCAGUAUGGGAGCCGAUUCAUUCAACAAAAGCUUGAAACAGCCACAACAGAGGAAAAAAACAUAGUUUUCCAGGAAAUUAUGCCCCAAGCUCUAACCUUGAUGACUGAUGUGUUUGGUAAUUACGUGGUCCAGAAGUUCUUUGAGCAUGGAAUUGCAUUUCAGAGAAGGGAAUUGGCUGGCAAGCUUUUUGGGAAUGUGCUUACACUUAGCCUUCAAAUGUAUGGUUGUCGAGUGAUCCAGAAGGCAAUAGAAGUUGUUGAUUUGGACCAGAAGAUUAAAAUGGUUACGGAGCUUGAUGGUCAUGUCAUACGCUGUGUGCGUGAUCAGAACGGGAACCAUGUCAUCCAGAAGUGUAUUGAAUGUGUUCCUGAAGAACAUAUUCAAUUCAUCAUCUCAACAUUUUUUGAUCAAGUUGUGACCCUUUCCACCCAUCCAUACGGAUGUCGGGUUGUGCAGAGAGUACUGGAGCACUGCGGGGACCCAAAAACCCAGAGUAAAGUGAUGGAUGAGGUUUUAGGAUCCGUUAGUAUGUUGGCACAAGAUCAAUAUGGCAAUUAUGUUGUUCAGCAUGUGCUGGAGCAUGGAAAGCCACAUGAGCGUUCUGUAAUAAUCAAGGAAUUAGCCGGGAAGAUAGUUCAAAUGAGCCAGCAGAAGUUUGCAUCCAAUGUUGUGGAGAAGUGUUUAACUUUUGGCAGUGCUACUGAACGUCAGCUCCUUGUAAAUGAGAUGCUUGGCUCUACUGAUGAAAAUGAGCCUCUUCAGUACAUGGUGUUACUAUUACCUGCAUUAGUUUGCAACGGAGAUGAGUAAUCGAGCUGGGAGAGCUAUGUUUAUCAUGUUUUGCUUCUUUUCUUGAGUGUGUAUCAUGAGUUUAUUUAAAUCAUGUUUAUUGCGAUAGCUUUUACUGUCUUAUGCAUUCAUCUCAAAUGUUACAUUAUUUUACAUUAUAAAUUUACCUAUUAGUUAUGUUAUUUUACAAUUAGAAAUUUACGUAUUAACUUAAACAUGUAGCUUGAAGGACAAACAUAUACGAGAAAAGGUUUCCUUUUUUUUUCUUACACAGUCCCCCUCCUCUUUUCUGUCCACUUAAAGUUGAAAGAAAAUGGUGGGUCUGGAAGAAAACUCUACUCUUCUUUCCCUUUCCCAUUCCUUUUUAGUCCUGACAAACAAUGGAACUUUCUCCAUUCCCUAUUUUGUUCUCCCCAACCCCACCAAAGACCCCUUUCUUGCUACCCCCUUCUUCCAAACUGAGUGUUGGUGUAUGGUACACUCACCAUUGGAUUGCACAUUUUAGUAGGGCUGUAAGUUGGGCAGGCCCAACCCAGACUGGUCCCAACCCUAUCUCAACCUGAGGUCGGGUUGGGUUGGGCCGGCCCGAUGUUGCUACCCCCUUCUUCCAAAAUAGUUGGGCUCUGACAGUUUGAAAUUUUUUUUCCCUUAAUGCAAUCUUUCUUUUUCCCAGUUUGAAAUAUCAAUUUUUCCAGAAAAUUUUAAUUCAUUAAUAUAUAUAUUUUUUAACCUCAUCAAACUAUUAGUAUUGUGACUGAAGUAUUCAAUUAUUAAUUUGAUUGUUUAUAUAUAAAGAAAAAAAUUCUAUAUAAUUCCCCCCUAAACUUUUUAAUUUUAAAAAUUUUCUCCUUUACUUUUUAGAUUCCUUUAAUUUCCUUAAAAGAGAAGUUAAAUUUCCUUUCCACAUUUAAACUCUAAACUUUUUUUUCCUUUAAAAUAUCUCUCAUUUUUCUUUCCUUUUUUUUUUUU